AUGCCUGGAUAUGAAGUAAAAUUCACUGGACCGUUAGACAAGGCAUUUGAGUGUCCAAUUUGUCUGAUUGCACUUCGGGACCCAGUUCAAAUAACACCAUGCGGACAUCGUAUGUGUAACACUUGUUUGAAGCCGAUUUUAAGGUAAAGUGAUCGAAAUGUUUAUCCUCCAUUUGUAGUCGCUGCGGCAAUAUCAGUUAGUAAAUCAUAGGAUUAGUUAUUUCAUGCACUCCGACAAUUAUUCCUCAACUUGAUGAGUUCCUUCACCUGUACUCCCUACUCUAUGUCAGUAUUUUAGGAGAGUUUAUCAUCUCAUCGUUCUAACCAAUAUUCUCUCAGCCUGAUUGGGAAAUCAACCUUGAACUAAUUUCUUCUUAGUCCUCUCGAAAUCAAAGGAUUUAAUAUGUUGAGCUUUUUUUCAUACGGAAGCGCAGUCCAACAAAUUUUGAUGAGAGAAUUUUUUGUCAUAGGCGCUUUCUUUUUUCAGUAUGAUUUUAUUUCAGCUCGAUAGGUAAUUUGAAAACUUUGAUUUCACUUCGAUUUCGAUUUUAAAUCAGUUCAGUUUUUAUUCUCCACGAUACCUUACAUUUGUGCCCCACAGUGCGUUUUGAUACACACAACUUCCCUCCUCCCCCCUUCGUUGUAAUGUCACUGAAGGGUCCCCUCUCCGAUGAGGCCCAUGUUUGUGAGCCCAAGGAUCUAGACCUCAGCCUUUCCCCCUGCUUGGACCUUAACAAAUUGUUUAAGAUGUUAAAAACUUCCUUAGCAGUAGUAUUUUGAGUAAAACUCAAUACCUUUACUAAGGCAUAAACCUCGUCUUUCUCUUAAUUUUAUAUUGGUUCUUUUUUUUUUGUAUCAUCAUAGAAACAAGAGGCCUCGCUGCCCCCUUGAUAACCUGAACUUUGAUCCAUCAAAGGUGAGAAUCCCAUAUCCAAUGUAUAUAAUUUUUAAUGAUUGAUAUAAUUCUAAUAAUUAUGAAUAAAUAUUUUUAUGUUCAAGCUGCGUAAUUUUCUGUUUUGUUAUUUUCAUCCUAAACAAAACAGUUCUUGUUGAGGCAUCGAAAGAGAAGCGCUACGUUAGUUUGUUUCUUUUUUUCAUUUUAUGGAAAAAAAUGGUGGAAAACACCAAAAUGGAAAGGAAAUAAAGAGGAGGACCGAGAAAAGCUAGGGAUGAAGAAGAUUGUCGCGGAUUGCGAAUGAAAAAAGCUCGGAUGUUAGGAUUAAUUCUUCACGAUGCAAAAAAUUAAAGAGACCAUAAUUAGUUUGUGUCAAAGCCUGCAAUCUGCGUCAUUUCAUUUUUUGCUGCUCUGACCAAUUCUUUUCAUUCUUGAUAAUGUAUUUUCAUUCUUAAGCAGUUGUCAUAAACCUUCUGAUUUUAGGUUUUCCCAGAUAAUGGCUGCCACAGACAGAUUCUAAACUUACAGGUUCUUUGUUCAAACACAGAAAAGGGUUGUGAGUGGUCUGGGCCGCUCAGUGAAAUAGAGGUGAGGUUCUUUUUUUUUUCAUCACCGAUACGCGUUUGUGUUCAUUAACAUGUGACGCAAUAAACGAAAGGAACCGCUGUCAAAUAAAAUAACUUUUUCCACUCGUAUUUUGCCUUUUUCAUUGUGUUUGACGACCUUUCAGCAGCGAGGAAAUCAUCUGGUUCUCGGCUCGAGUUGUCUUCGUCGCGUUCAUCUUUCUCCAUUCGUCACUUGUCUUCAUCUAAACUCUCGGAGAAACCAACUCAAAAGUCUGGGACAUCUGCUUCAGAGUUUUGUUCCUUUUCUUCGUUUGCGUACUUUUCCUGUUAACGUGUUUCAAAUCUUCCUCAAGGGACACUUGCCAAUCAAAACAAAAUUUUCAAUUUAGCGGGUUGCACAGUGAAAUACGGCCCACCAAAUAGACCAAUCAUAGCGCACGCGCACGCAUAUGAAAAAUAUAACUAGUAUACUUUUAAAAACUCCAUUUAAAUGCUGAUUAUUAAUAAUACCUUUUUAGCGACAUCAGGACGUGUGUAGUUACGCUGAGGUAUCGUGUCCAAAACGUUGCGGAGUAUCAUUAGAAAGGAGAAGAGUAUCAGAACACAGUUCACAUGAAUGUAUUAACAGACUGACACCGUGCGCUCACUGUGGAAAUCAAGUUGUGUUCAACCUUAUGAGUGUAAGUACUUAAACUUUGCUUGAUCGGUGACUAUUCUUUAUGAAUGUUUGAAUAUGACAAUAGCAAGUUUGUGCAAACGAAACCCACUACUGCAGCCAUGAUUUUGUGUAAUGCAAAUUUAUCUAACCCUACUUCUCCUCAUCGAUUUUCGAUUUUCGUAACAGAGCUUGCUUUGAGAGUCCACGCAUGCCCAUACUUCUUUCCGCCUGUUCCGUGUUUGCCACCUAAAACAGUUCCCGCCGCAGUGCCCUUGUAGUCUGAUUCACUCAUAGCGUGCUCUUUACUGUCGGAUUUUACCUCUCCACGCGCCCUUUGUGACACUGUUGACAUGAAGGCGCCUUGUGGGCAAAAUAAUACUACUCUGAAAAAUUUUGGUAUUUGCGUCACCGAUGCUUGCCAUUCUAAUGUAUUACGUUUAAAUUUUAUUGCAGUUACACCUUCAAACUUGUUCCUCGUUCCCUGUGUCUUGCCCAGCUAACUGUGGUGCAACUAAUCUGACCAAAGAAAAGGUUUGUGAAGGCUUCCAGUUCCCUUCACCUAAAUUAUCAAGUGUGAUUUUUCAAUCUUUUUCUUUAAAACUUAUGCAUUUUGACCAAAGCACAUCAAAAUCCAAUAUUUUGUUGUUUCUUUAACAUUGUCACUGUUUAUGUUGCUGAUUCAGUACCUAUGAUAAAUCAUGCAAUCAUGUUUCUAUUUUCUUUCUGUGCGUGUUCUGUUGUAUUUGCCUUCCUUUGCUUUGUAGGUGUGUUCGUUUGUUGUUUGUGCGUUUUGCUGCGGUAGGACAUCCCAAGACAGACUUUAUUGUGAACUGAGAACCAUACAGACGUCACCAGAUAUGACAUAACAAACAGAUUGUUUGCGCGAAGCUCUUAAGGAGCAAGACAGUAGUAUAAAUCAAGACAAUUAAUUAGAUAAAUCUUGUAUGGAUUUGCAAUUUAAGAAAGUUCUUAGGAGCUCUAGCCAGUCUAAAUGUUAUUUCAUUAAAGGGAAAUUGGUGAAGAAUAUCAAAGUGCUUUUAAGCUUGGCAUAUCUGAUAAAAAUCACGGAGCUCGGAUUUCCAUAAAGAAUAGGUGUGCACGGCUGAAUGUAAAUGUACGAUUUCCGCUACACUCUUGAAUCUGGAAAUGGCUUGUUUUCCUUUGAUUUUUGUUUAAUUGAGUCUAUUCAACGGGUUGAAUGACUGAAAUAAAAUGGUACAUGUAUCAUAUUACGCUAAAAGUGGACAACUACAUUUUGUCACAUGUGCGGGUUUUCUUUGCUGAGUGUAAACUAUAGGCUCAUAGCCAGCCAAAGUUUUCAACUCCUAUUUACUUGCUUGUUCUUUCCUCUCGUUUUUCCAUGUAGUUGGUGGUUCAUAUGAACAAUGAAUGUCUCCUCAUUGAAGUACCAUGCAAAUUUGUCGAGGCAGGCUGCAAAUUUAAGGUAAAAGUUGUUAAGCAUGCUUUUGUUCCUUACAAACAUUGGUACUUUGUCAUUACACUAAUUUUGGGGCUGAGGCUGAACGUUCUGAUCUUUUUUUGCGGUUUGAGCCUGAAAACGUUCCUAACAUGUUCUUAAAGUUGUAUUUCAAAGAUCGAUUAAGUUCGACCACAAAUUGAGUUGUUCUACAGUGUAUCGUGUCUGUCUGUAUGUACCUAAUUAAAUGUCUAUUCGUGCGUCUGUUUUCUGUUCAUUUGUUUAACUGCGUGAUAAAGUGUCUUACAUACUGAGAAACAAUUGGAACGUUUACUAAGCAUUUAUUGGCCCGUCUGUGUGCGUAUCAAAUAUCAAAUAUUCUGCCCAAAACUCUACGCUUGCUUGGCGUAACAAAGUAUUGCCAAAGUAUUGUAAUUUAUCUGAUUUCAGGCGGAGAGAUAUAAAAUGAAAGAGCAUCUGUCCAGCAACAUGGAGUCUCAUUUGAGCGCUUUGAGUGAUUUGGUGAACGCUCAAAAGAAACAGCUAGAUAUCCAGAGAGAAAGAACACAACUUCAAAAGGAACACAUUCAGCUUCAGAAAGAAACCAUGCUGCUACAAAAACAAGAAAUCAUCGACGCGCGAGGUCGAACUGCAAAUGGCGAGUUCAUCUGGAGAAUACCGGAUUUCAACCGGAAAUUGAUGGACGCCAAAUCCGGGCGCGCGCCCGAACCGAUGAUUAGUGAGCCUUUCUAUACCCACCCCCACGGGUAUAAAAUGUGUGCAGGGCUGUGGCUCAAUGGAGUUGGUACCGGGAGAGGUAGAUACAUAUCCGUGGGGCUUCAGGUUAGUAAAUAUGACGGAAUUUCUUUACGGGUUUUACUACUUUCAUUAUCAAUGUUCCUGUGAGCUUCCAUACGGUUAUGAUGGGAAGUCAGGAGCAAAACACUUGCUUUUCCCCACGAGCGAUUAAGAAUAAAACUGCGUAAAACUUGUCAUUUACAUAAUGGCACAAAAACCUGACGCUGAAAGUACAAGGGUCAUGCUCUGAGGGGGAUUCUGGCUGUCAAUAUUUUUCUUAAGUGACCUGUUGUACGAACACGAACUGUACGAACUGAUGAAACUUAAGAAAACUUUCUUUCAGACAACUUAUUCUCUCAGUGCCUCAUUCCUUUAGGAGUGUAGGUGGAUACCGGUGAAGGUUACCCCUUAGCCUUUUGUCAGGGGAACCUGACCAAAGGCUAGGGGUAACCUGCAAUUGACUCAGUACAGUACCAUCCACACCCCGUAGUCGCUUCGUGCUAUAUAACGGGUUUGAAUCUACUAAUGCAUUAUUCGGCGCAUAACCUAACUUUACUUUUUCGUUUAGGUUCAAGUAGGAGAGUACGACUCCAUACUCAAAUGGCCGAUACAUCCGCGGUAUACCUUCACUCUGCUUGAUCAGCGAGACGACUCCAAGGAGAAAAGAGACAUCACGGCGCACUUCGAGCCUCAGUGCAUCUCCCGACCGCGGGCCGACAGACAGCUCGGAAAGGGAGCGAGACGAUUCGUUCUUCAGGAUGAUAUAUGCGCCAUUAAUUAUUGUAAACAUGACACAAUUUUUCUCAAGUUUAAUGUAAUUCUAAAACAGCCCCCUUCGGGUUUUUUCAGACCCUGA